UGUUGAUACGUCGUUUUGAAUAAGUAUCCGAGAAAUCAUCCAAUUGUUCCUCGAGGGAUACUUUUAGAAUUGAUGGGAUUUCUGUAGGUUUUUUGGGAAUCUUUAGUUUCUUCUUGGAACCCUUUAGGAGUUGCUGGAGAAAUCCACAGAUUGUUUUCCAAGAUUCUAGACUGCUCCUUCUUAGAGAAACUUAUUUCUGAAAGACUUAACUCCUAAUUCACCAAAAGGAACUGCUGAAUUAUUUCCUGACGAUGUCUCAAAAAAAAUCAUUAAGGAAUCUGGAGGAAUACAAGGUAGAAUUGCUAGUAGGAAUGACUGAAGAAACCCAAGAUUGCAUUUUUUGGAGCAAAAAGAGAUGAAAUUUAGGAUUAAAUUCUAUAGGAAUCUCCAGUUAAUAUAGCUGUUUUGGUGUGGAAAAUUUGGACAGGAUAUCAAGGAUGACAAGAGAGAUCUCUGGUAGAAAUUUGAGCCCCGUUGGAAAGAAAUAGCGAGAGAAGAAUUUAGGCACAUCGCAUAAGUUCAAGAAAAUCGUGUAAAAAAAUGCGUGAAAUUUAUUUCACAAAAAAAAGUCUUGUAAAAAAGAUUGUAGUGUAAAAAUUCAGGUAAGGACAGGAAAAGAAUGCCUUAAACUUUAAGUUCUUGAAGAACACUUGAAGAGGCAGGCCAAGUUCGAGUUGGUACGUAGAGCCGUAAAGAAGAAGAAGAAGAAAGGAGAAGAAGGAUCUUCAGAAGAAAGUUCUUGGAAGAAUACCCAGAUGGACAUCAUGGAGCAAUCUAUGGAAAGGACACCAAUUGUGCCCUAACACAAUAGGCUAAUGAAAUAAAAAAAAAUGUUCAAUUAUCAUGGUGAAUUUUCCUAUUGCCGGAUAACAAAAUCCUUCCUUUGAUGGCUGUAUAUGUACAUCCCAUCUAUUAUUGAUCUACCAUGAUUAGCUACUUAUGUUACACUUGGAAAAUAAUUGUGCCAUUUUACAAAACGACAAAAUCGUUGAUGAUGACAUUGAUAUUCACGUGUUACCUCCUGCCACCUCCUGUAAGAUUUUCAUUAAUUACAUUGGCUAGGUUUCAUUUUUCUAUUGGACUAUUGGUUUAAUUUUUCUCAUGUUCAAAUAAGAAGUAAAAUUAUGCGUGAGAGAAAGCAUGUAUGAACAUUAUUUACAGCUGAAUUUGAAAUGUGUUGAACAAAUUUGACAAAAAUUUUAGUGUUGACAAAAACGGAAUGGAAUUUUGACGAAAUCGGAUAGUAACAAAAACGGAUAGUGAUAAAAACGAAUAGUGACAAAAACGGAACAUACCUGUAUUAGUCAAAUGCCUCAAAUGGAAGAUAACGUGCUUCUGUAGCCGGCCUUCCAAUGUUUUGGGCUCGCAUUGAUAGCUCAUGACAGCGAAAUCUCGGCUUGCCUUGACACACACAUUUUUCGUGUCGGUUUCUCCCUCCCAGAUUGUAAUUUGAGAGGGUGCUGCCAACUCCGAAUACGAUGUGGAGCGAAAUUCGUCAAACGGAGAAAUGUUUUUUAAAAAAGGUGACGAAAAAAGAUUCCGAUUUUAGCACGGUUCCGUUUUUGGCAACAGGAAAUAAAAACUUUGUUGCCAAAAUCGGAACCCCACUGUAUUUUUUUUAUGAAUGCGACCUGUGCUUCCAUCCCUUCAGAAUUAUGCUACCGAGGUUGAUCAUAGUCGACGUCGAGGUGAAAGGAGCAGCAUGGUAGUUUACACUAACCCAAAAGCUUUAGACUGAUGUGAAUGCCGCCCCUAGCGGACCAAAUCGGAACGCUCAAAAAAGCUCUCCGCAGCUUUCUCUCUCUUUACCGAUGAACUCAUACAAAAUGAUCACAAUUGCGAGGUCUUGCAUGCUCUUUGAUGCACGAUUUAAAAUUUGGCGCCAAACUGCCGUCCUACCCAAUGAACGGCGCAAGCGGAUGACUGGAAAGAAUCCCCACAAAAGCUUCACGGUAGAAACAAGAGAGGGAGAAAAUGGCAUGGCAUGCCAUGUGCUGCUGUAGUGAUUACCGCGUGCACUGCAACCCACACUAGUGCAAAGUUUGGCGCGCACGUUCGUUCUAUCGUCGUUGGUGGUGGGUUGUUUGACUUGUGACGAGUGCAUUUUCCCUGCUCGCAAGAACCUAGUUCGCUCUUGAAGGGCAUUCAUACAGUGUUAAUUGAUUGAUGUGGGAAAAAUCUAUUAUUAGGUAUACAUUCCGCAAUCAACAUAAAAUAAAUGUCACAUUACUUAAUAAGGGGAUACAUGAAAUUUAAUUAAAAAUACCUAAUAGCAAAACAGCUCAAAUCGAAUUCAGCGUGCAUUGUCAAGUGCAUCGUCUCUUCCACCCUCUUUUGCUCCGAUAGUAAAUACAUAGUCAUACAACCCACCGAGCGUUACGGGACUAGAGAAGCUAGAGUAAAAACAUUUUCAGUUGCAUUUCCAGUUGCACCGCGACCGUGAGCAAAACCAAUCCUAGUUUCGUAGAUUCAGCACCGUUGCACCGUUUUCUUCUGCUGUUCGGCGCUUUCCUAUACAUAUGGGUGUACUUUCUAUCAACAGCAGACCGGCAGAGGUUUAUCUCCAGCAGUGUGAGAUAAGUGAAACCUAAAAGCAAUAUUCAAUGGAUUUGGUGUCGACAGUUAGUGCAUCAGUUACCCGGAAGAAAAUAGUUUUCACAGUAAGAAUAAGUGAAAUCAAAAUACAACGCCCAAAUCAAUAAAUGCAAUAGUGGCGAAUCAAUACUCAAAAGUGCGAUACUUUCCCAACAACGAGCGAAACAAGUAAGCAAUGUGUACAGAAGCAAUUUGUUGAAGAAACACGCCAUGAAGAAAGUCGCUGACAUUAGUGCGCUGCCGGAAAAUGCCGACGAAGAUUUUUCCCACGAGCAGCAGGACAGUGUGGAGAAUGUGCUGAAGCUGGUCAAGAAUGGGACGCACCUUUCGGUGGCCAACAUCGAGUGCUCGCCCGGAAGCCAGCAAGGCGAUAACUACAUGUCGAUCAUCAAGCGCAUCCAGGUGCGCGGCAAACGGAGGCUGUGCAAUGGGAAAAGCAAAGUCUUCGACAUUUCGCUCAUCUUCAAGCGGCAAAUUGUAAAUCUCCAGCGGCGAAAGCUGUUCCGGGCGGACGAAGCCUUUGCCAAUGAGAUCAACGCCUACGCCCAGCUGGUGCCGGUGAUGAGGCGAUUUUCCCAGGACCGGCUGCCGUUUCCGGUGUGCCAUUACGCCGGCAAGGACACCGAGGGGGACCUGAUUGUGAUGGAAGAUCUUACCUGCAGCGGGUUCUACAUGGUGGACCGGAGGAGGAAUCUCAGCUACCGGCAGUGUCGGAUGGUUCUUGAGGAACUGGCCAGCUUCCACGCCGUUUCGCUCGCGAUGAAAUUAGUCAAACCGGUUCAGUUUCACACCAUGAAAGAAAAAGUUACCGAAAUUGUGUACAACGACGCUGCAGCCGAGUUCUACACCCACUCGCUCGAAACUUCACUCCGUGGCACGCUGGACAGCCUACACUACAGCAAUAGGGACGGCAGCCUCGAUGCACCCAUCAAAGCAAUAGAAAAGCUCAGCGGUCGAUUGUACCAGAUCAUGUCCUCGGCGGUGCGCAACAGUCACGAACCGUGGAGAGUUCUCUGUCACGGGGACACCUGGGUCAAUAAUCUCAUGUUCAACGAAGGUCACGAUCGAGUCAAACUGAUUGAUCUGCAAACCAUGCGAUACACCUCUCCUGUCAUUGAUAUUCUUCAUCUUCUCUAUACUAGCACCGGUGUGGAGAUAAGGAGCACCUACGGAGAUGAACUUAUCCGUAACUACCAGGAAGCGCUAGUCACAGCUUUGCGAUCAUACGUACCUGCCAGCAAAAGCUUUGUCCUCCCGGCACUGGAGGCCACCUUCAGCUACGAGAACAUCCGGGCCGAGUACGACGACCGGAUUCUGUACGGGUUGGGUAUUGCCAUGUGGCUCCUGCCGGCCGUCACUUUCCAUCCAGAUCACAUUCCCGACCUGGACCAGGUUACCAUGAACGAUUUCAAGACCAAAAACCACGAAAAAACCAUCGCCCAAAUGCUGUCAGCCGAUUAUCACACUCGCAUGAAGGACACCGUUCUGGAGUUCUACCGGAAGGGAUUUUUGGAUAGUGUUUAGGUUUAAGGGGGAGAUCUAGCAGGAGAUUGUUUUAACAUUUUAGUAUUAAUAGUCGAAAUAGCCACACUCGAAUGCCAUUCCAUUUGUUUCGAUUUUAAAACAGGGUCGUAUAUUUUUUAGUCUUAAAAGGUUUUUUUGCCAACAUAUAGCAGUACACAAAAUAGCUAGUCAAAUCAGAUAUUGGAACUACUCUAGAAUAGUUAUCUUAAUAGUGAUCACACAUGCAAGGAAAUAGCUUUCAAACUUUAACCAAAUGGUGCAAUAAACUAAAUGUAUAUAUUUAUCUACAAGAAUAAAAGUUUUACCGGUUCAAGAUGUUGAAUAUAGAUUAUCGCAUUACACCUUUCGCUAGUUAACUGAAAUUAAGCAAAUAAUUUCAUCGGAGCACAAACAGAUGUUAUCAAGCUGAAUGCAACAGCGCAACUCGAAAUAUUGCAUAAUAUGAAAUAAACAACAAAGUAACACAAAGUUAGUUUAACACAAACACUAAACAGGAAAGUAAAUGACGCCUUAUGUUCGUCGAAAGGUGCGCGUACCACAACUGUUGAUAGAGUAAUCUCUUUACGGAAGCGUUAUCGGGUAAAUAGAGAAGCUUAUAAAAUAUAAACUAAUAAAAAAAACUGCAUAGUUGUAUUUUUUGCCGAGUAGUAUGGAUGUCAUAUAGUCAAGUCAGCAAAUAAACUAGGAAAGACGCUAUCUCGAGCUACUAUACCAUCAGCGAUAGUGCAUAGAAGCUAGCCAGUAGGAAACGCCAAGCGAA